AAAUGGGAAAGCUUAAUGAAGGACUGGGGAAGGUCCGCAAUAUUCUUCAACAAAAUGAAGCAGAUCGGAAGAUCCUCGAAACAGAUCGCGAAGCAGCAGAGCGUGAGAUCGCACGAAAGAUUGAGCAUAACAAAUCUCUCGCCAAUUCCCUAGAAGAUGCACGACGACGGCUAGACGAUUCCUCUACAAAACUCGGUCAAAUGGGUCAAGUUAAUGCUGCAUACUUCUCGAGCAUCAAAAUCCAACGACGAGUAGAGGAGAAGUUGAAAAAGGAAUUGGAACUAACUGAGGAGCGACGAAAAGCCACUGAAGCGGAAAUGGAGGAGCUAAAGAAGAGAAACGAAGGAUUACUGAAAUCCAAACAAGAGCUGGAAGAUCUUCUUACGGGCCAGCGAGGCGAGACUACCAUGGCACAAGGUGCCCUCCAUAAGAUGCAGCGUGAGCUGCGAGAGCUCGCACAUUCGAAGCGCUCCCUUGAAAAGAACUGGGAAGAUGCUAUAGCUGCCAUGGCUAAGCGCGAUGCCACAUUUCAACUGGUGGAAGAUAGCAAAGAUAAAAUGAAGGAGAAACUAAUGGGGGUAGAGAAUGAGUUCCGAGUUAUGAAGGCUGAAAAGAUGGAAUUAGAAAGGAACUUGAGAGAGAAGGAACUUGAAUGUCAGGGUCUGCAUAAUACAGUGGCUUCACUUAGAGGAGCUGUAAAUUCCACGGACAGCAAAAGCCGGGACAUUCGCAGUGAGCUAGUGGAAGCUCAAGUUGCGGAAUCUCUGUACCGGCAAGAGUUGGAUAGAGUAAAUAAACAUCACGAGAUUGCUUUGGAAGAACUUGAAAGGAAAACAAGCACGGUAUCAGAACUGAAAGCGAGAAUAGAUGCUCUCAAACAACAUUUCGAAGAAAAAAUUCGCAAUGAGACUGUUAUGCAAAUUGCGAAAAAGGAAGAGCAGAUCGAAGCUCAAGCGGCUGCCCAAGUCCGAAUAAUGACCAGAGAGGAGGAAGCCAAAAAUGUGAAUCUGCGACAUGACAAUGCAGAUCUCCGGAUAGAAAUGAGAGCAUUGCAGACUAUGGUGUCCGAGUUACGACAGGAACGAGAUGCCUUCAAAGACCGAUACGAACAGAUCAAUUCCCAUUAUGUGCGCCUCUACGACGAAUCCAAACAUAUAAUUUACGCAUUGGAACGGAAAGAGCACGAUGUGAAUAUGCUGAAAAGCCAAAUACACGAACACAAACGAGUUGACAAGUCCAGUUCCUAUCUGAUGGAACUUCAAAUCGUGCAGAAAGAACUUGCCGCAGCCCAUGCGGAGAAUGAGCGGCUUCAAAAUCUGUGGUUACAAUCCCAGAAGAGUAACUUGAAAGGAAAGGAAUCAGCAACAGCGCUAGAGAAAGACAACCAGUUCCUUAAGACCCAACUGGGCAUAACGGAUACCAUUCGUGCCAAAACUGCCAACGAAAUAUCCGAAGCAAAAAAGGAAGCUAUUGAACAAAAACUUGAGGCGUCGAAGCUGUACAACGAGCUGAAAAAGCUUCAGCCUGUACUAGACGAACUGAAAACCAAAAAUGUCGCUCUCGAGAAGCAACUGAUUGAAGCUCGCACACAACUAGAGGAAAAUGAUCUCAACCACACCACAUCAUCUCAAAUGCUUAAAACGGAGAUUCGUCGACUGUACGCCGACCGAUCUGAUGUUCGCAAAGCACGCAUGGCUGAUGAGCGGGCUACCCACGGGUUGGAACGAAAGUAUGUACUUGCGCGCGAAAUGGUGGAUAAAUUGAAGGCAGAGCGGUACGAACUCCAGAAGGCCAACUACGAGUUGAAAAAUCGGGCUGAGCAAAUGGAGCGGCGGUAUUUUGAUGCUAAAGCUCAAUCCAGACGAAAUACAGAAGGGAGCAAAUCCGAUAUUGGAACCAGAAUAUCCAGUGCAGAGAGUAAAUCCACCGACAGACCUGCGUGGGCAAGCUUUGCCUCGACACCUGGAGGGGGCGUAGAUAAGAAUGCGAAGGAACCUCCACCAACAAUAACGACGCCAGGAGGAAGAUCUGUGAUCCAAGGAACCCAGGAAAACGGCAAGGAGCAACUAAAUGACAUCCCAGAUCUCCAAGCCUGGCGAUUGAAAAUCGAAACACUAACCAGCGAGCGGCAGUACCUAAUGAACGAAAAUGAUAUGCUUAAGCAUCGCACCAGCGAGUUAUCCUCGCGAGUUGCUACACUGGAAAAGCACCUUGCGGAUAUGCAGCAACGUUGGAAAACACUUGAGCGCGAGCGGGAACAACAGCAAGCCCAACUUAAAACUUUCGUAAAUCGAUGCUCUCGUGCUGAGAAGGUCGCUGCACACCUUGAAAAGCAGUUCAAAGAAGCACGACCAAACUCAAAGAUCGACUAUCAAAUGCUCACAGAAGCGGAGCCGUCGACGCAGCUACUCGCUGCACUAAUGCCAAGAGUGCAGUCCUCUUAGGGCAUCGUUUGCAUGCCUCCAACUUAUGAAUUGAUGUCAGCAUGCGAGUACAAGUAAUAUCCGGUGCUGCACAAGCAUUGUAUUUUUUAUGUACAUGGUGGAACAAAUAUAGAUACGGCUAAUUCAAACGGCGGGGAUUACCAAAC